UCCUUCACAACACAACACACAAUCAUAAUAACACUUCCUGCGACUACAUUUUACUUGUUCCCAAAGGAAAAGAAAAUAACACUUUUCUCUAACAGAGACCAUGUUUGUCCUGGAGAAUGGUGCCAAGAAGGGGGAAGACCCAAGGCUUCAAGCCAUCUCCCAAGCCAUCAGAGUCGUCCCUCACUUCCCCAAACAAGGAAUAAUGUUUCAAGACAUAACAACAUUGUUGUUGGAUCACAACGCCUUCAAACACGCGGUUGACAUUUUUGUUGAUCGUUACAGAGACAUGGAUAUUUCUGUUGUUGCUGUUAGGAAAUGUUGGCUUUUAUUGGUUUACAUGCUAAUGCAAUUGGAUUGGAUUGGAUUAUAUGAAGGGGUUGAAGCCAGGGGAUUCAUUUUUGGUUCCUCAAUUGCGUUAGGCAUUGGUGCCAAGUUUGUUCCUUUAUGCAAACCUGGGAAGCUGCCAGGGGAAGUAAUUUCUGAAAAAUAUGUUCUGGAAUAUGGCACUGAUUGUUUGGAGUUGCAUGUUGGGGCUGUUCAGUCCAGUGAACGUGUCAUAAUUAUUGAUGAUUUGGUGGCCACAGGUGGAACUCUAUCAGCAGCAAUUAGACUUCUAGAAGUUGCUGGUGCUGAAGUAGUGGAGUGUGCUUGUGUGAUUGGUCUCUCUGAUCUCAAGGUAGGAAGCAAGCUUAAUGGAAAGCCACUUUAUAUCCUUUUGGAGCCACGUCAAGCAGAAAAUGGUUAUUGAAGAGGAAAAUGAAAUUAGACACUACACAUGAAGAAAUGGUUGCAUAUAAUGAGCCUUUGAGUUUGGCUUUGUUUGGAGGUCUAACAAUGUCAACACGUUUAGGAUUUCAAACAUCCUUAGCCAAUGAAGGCACCGUUACGCUAAUUUAGAGACAUUUCAAUAGAGACCAAAUGUACCUUAAUUUAUUCUUUAUGGACCUUAAUGUUCUUAUCCCUUAUGUUUAGGAGUUAUGAUUAAUGUGUGUGGUCACUUCAACACAGUAAAAGUUUCUUUUAACGUAUGCUUGUAUUGUGGUUUCUCACCUUUUUAAGGAAUAAAUUAAGGGUUUAGG